CAGACAAAACAGUUCAUGUCUUGGACAAUGCAUAUCGCUUCAAGACAAACCUGAACAGAGAGAGCUGCUACUCAAAGUAAUCUUACAAAAUGGCGAAACGUUUCAAGCUUAAGAUAUCCCGCGUCUUCCUUUCCUUGCAGUCUUGCCGUUCCAAAGACCCUGCUGAUCUGCCAUCAAAACCUGUCCGUUCAUUCUUCAGACUUUCUUCAGUUAACCCCGACCCUAUUACCCUCCAGUUACCACCACCACCACCAGCACCCCCACCCCCACCCCCACCCCCACCCGCACCACCAACGUCAAAGCCUCAUUACUCCUCCCUGAAGCGUCACGUUUCCUCGGCGUUCUCAUCAAUCGGCUGCGGCCUGGGAUCAAGAUCAUCCACGCAGUACUUCUCCGAGACUGACCGCAGCGAGUCACCGCCGCCGCCAACACCAGAGUUUCACUGGGAAAAAGAAGACAGAUGGCACGUCAUCGCCAAAGUUUACGACGAUGACGAAACCCCUCGCCGCAAAAUCUACAAUACCUCCGAGAACGAUGACGACGACUUUUUUCCUCCUCCACCGCCUCCCAACACGGAGAAGAAAAAACGACGAUACAAGAAGAAGAAGAAAACGACACCAAAAAUGCGCAUCAGCACCUCGUCAGCUGACAGUGGAUUGUUUAGCAGCGAAAGCUUUGACGAAGAUGACAUUUACGACGAAGAAACAGAAACCCUAGUUUCGUCUUCUAGGAGUUUCUCCACUGAUUCCUCGUCAGAGUUCAACGCCAACCUAGAAACCAUACGCGAAACAAUGCCUGCGAGGCACAAAAAGAAGAGGAAGACAAAGAAACUUAAGAAAGCAAAAAGGUACGUUCCGAAAGAGAGAAGUAUGAGGUUCUUGUCGUCAGAGAGCGAAUCGCCGGCGAGGUUAUCGAGUUUCUUUCAACGGAUGAUACCCUGCACGGUGGAUGGGAAAGUGAGGGAGAGUUUUGCUGUGGUGAAGAAGUCGGAGGAUCCCUACGAGGAUUUCAAGAGGUCGAUGAUGGAGAUGAUAUUGGAGAAGCAAAUGUUCGAAGAGAAAGAUUUGGAACAACUCUUGCAUUGUUUCUUGUCUUUGAAUUCUAGGCAUCACCAUAGGGUUAUUGUCCAGGCUUUUUCUGAGAUUUGGGAGGCUUUGUUUGCUCGAAGAUCGUCUAGUUUUCGAGUCUCUUGUGUUCUUAAUUAAUGAACGAGUAAUCAUCAAUAUCAAUAAAUAAUUCAACUUUUUAACCUUUCUUAAUGUUU